GAUUACUUCAACCAAGAGCUUGAGCAAGUAAAUACAGAAGCACAAGUGGUCAGAUCCUAAGUCCUUUGCUGGAGACCACCAACUCUAGAUGAGGAAAGAGAACUUGGACUCUAAACAUCACUAUGUAAAAGUUUCACAAGAUAACUUAAUGGAAAACAUUUUGGAAAUGGAGGCAACCUGUGCAAUUUGCCUGGACAUUUACUCUCAUCCUAUUUAUCUCUCCUGCGCCCACAUACUUUGCUUUGAUUGCGGUAAAAAAUGGAUGACAAAGAAAGAAGACUUGAUAAUGACCUGUCCCGUGUGUCGAAAAGAACAAAAGAGACCUGUCAAGUAUGAUGGGGUAAUGAAAGAACUGGCCAUCCUUUUAAAGCAGCAUGGCCCCUUACUGAAGCAACAUAAAGGGCAGAUCACUGGACUUCUGAGAUUGGUAUCAGAGAAUACGGCUCUGGCAGCUAAGACUGGUGACUCCUCCCGGGAACCCUCUAAUGAUUUAAAGGGUGGGAAGCCUGGUCAUAAUUUGGUGGAAGAUCCCAGAAGAUUCAUUUCUUCAGCCCAUGUCGUGGACAACUCCCACUUUUUUUCAGUCUGCCACUGGGAAGUUGAUGUGGAGAAAAGGAACGAAUGGGCUCCAGGUAUUUGCAAGGAACCAGUCAGCAGGAGGAACAUCUAUUUACUCCGUGAACAUAAGUUCCAGUUGCUUGGUGAGAAGACGAGAGAAAUCAGAGUUAAUUUUAUUUCAGAAAGACACCAUAGAAGCCCUGGCCUUUACCACGUAGGGAUUUUCCUAGCCUUGACUAUGGAAGAAACCAAGUUUGUGAUGGGAAAAGCAACGACUUUACCUAUGAGCAUCAUUAUCUCUGCUUUUUUGGAGCUCAUUCCUUUGUUUUAAGAGCAAGAUUGGAGGACCAAGGUAAAGCAUUGCACUAAGACUUGGAAGACUUCUGAUGAACUCUAUAGACUCCUGAGAUCACUCUGGGGAUAAUUAUGUUGUAGGCAAAUAGCUGUGUACUGUAUAUUUUUUUUACAGUAAAAUAUUGUCAAUGUUUUAUGGAUA